ACUCGUGUCUCGUCCCCCCGUCUUGGACGUUUCCGCUUUCGCUGAGAUCUUGAUUAACCUACGCCGCUCGCCACUGCGGCGCACGAUAGACUAAACCCUUCUCUUCCUCGAAGUUUCUACCCUACGCCAUCGACGAUGGCGUCCCCCGGCGGGGGCCCCAACACCUCUGCAAUCUACGACACGCAGGCCCUGCUCAAGCCCCCCAGCCCUAGUCCCGGUGCCAUUCCCCGGCAGCCAUUCCCUCCUACCUCUGCGUACCCGUCUCCGCUACCGCCGUCGACAUUUCCGACUCCAACGCAUCCAGGCGCUUUCUCAUACCCCAUGGCUACUCCGCCUUUCCACCACCAUCCUUUCCUCCAUUACCCCCAGGAGUCCCUCCACCGCCUCCCAGUCAUCUACCCGCCUGUGCAUCCCCACCUUCCGAACCCCAAUCCCAGCACUAACCCCAGUACUACCUCCAAUACAAAUCCCGGUGCUCGCCUUAUGGCCCUCCUGAACCCUCCUGCAAGCCCCCAACUUGAACCCGCCGUCUCGAUGCCGCCUCCCUCUUCUACUCCUUCGGAUUUCCUGAUGCCUUCCACGGUUGGCGUGCUUCAUCCUAUGCCGUCAGCACCACAUGCGGCACUGGCCCAGCCAGCGCCAACGAGGUUGCCGAGCAACAAAUUGCCUAGGGGUCGGCUUCUCAGCACAGGGGCACAUGCUGUCUAUGAUGUGGAUUCACGUCUGCCGGGAGAGAACCAACCGCCUCAGCUCGAGGUGACGCCGAUCACCAAGUAUAUAUCUGACCCAGGGCUUGUUUUGGGCCGGCAAAUUGCCGUCAGCAGGACCUACAUAUGCUAUGGGCUUAAGCUUGGUGCUGUUCGGGUGCUAAAUAUCAACACAGCUCUGAGAUCUUUGCUAAAGGGGCAUUCUCAGGUUUCUAUAAUAGUAACUUCCUUUGAAGAAGAAAGUCACUCAGGUGAUGACAUUGCUAUGGUUGAGUCAAAGAGAACCUUAUUAGCUACCGCUGAGGAAGAUGGACGAGAUAGCACAAUAAAUGCAACAGAAGAUAUAACUGAACCUUCUGUUGUUACUGUAUCUCAAUCUCUCUCGGUUGUCAAAGGAAAGAAACAAAAAGGAAAACAACAUCAAACAUCCAGUCCUUCAUCACCUUCCUCUACCCUUCUGCACUCCACCUAUUCUUUGAAUGAAUCAGCACUCAGUGAGAAUGCCCCUUUAGUUGAUCCUGCUUCCACAGAUAUUCUUGCAAUGCAGGAAAUGCUGAGCCAGGUAGUGAAUAUGCAGAAGGAACUGCAAAAGCAGAUGAGUGUAAUUGUGGCUGCUCCUGUAGCGAAGGAAGGAAAACGAAUGGAGACUUCCUUGAGCCGAAAUAUAGAGAAGAUGAUCAAAGCUAAUGGAGAUGCUUUAUGGGCCCGUGUUCAAGAAGAAAAUGCAAAAUAUGAGAAGUUUGACAAGGAACGUAUGCAACAAAUCACCAAUCUAAUUGCUAACAAUGUGAAUAAGGACUUGCCAACCAUUUUAGAGAGGGCAGUGAAGAAAGAACUUUCUGCAAUAGGAUCCACUGUGGCUCGUUCAGUUGCACCUGCUAUUUCUUCAGCUAUAGCAGAGUCAUUUCAGAGGGGAGUUGGCGAUAAAGCAGUAACUCAGUUGGAGAAGUCAGUCAGUUCUAAACUUGAAGCUACUGUUGCAAGACAAAUCCAAGUGCAGUUUCAAAACUCUGGGAAGCAGAUUCUUCAGGAUUCUCUUAGAUCCUGUUUGGAAUCAUCUGUGGUUCCUGCAUUUGAGCAAUCUUGUAAAGCAAUGUUUGAGCAAGUUGACAAUGCAUUCCAGAAAGGAAUGAAUGAACACGCUGCUGCUGCUCAUCAACAACUUGAGGCAGCAAAUACACCUUUAGCAGUUACUUUAAGGGAAGCAAUCAGCUCUGCAUCUUCAAUCACCCAAAGUCUCACUACUGAGUUAAUUGAUGGCCAACGAAAAAUUUUGGCUCUUAUAGCAGCAGGAAACACAAAGGUUCUAAACCCUCUGGUUUCCCAACAAGCUAACGGCCCUACAGCUAGCCCUCCUGAGAUGCAGGCCUCCCUGUCUCUCCUGCAGGUUGGGGCACAUCUAGAUCCGACAAAAGAACUCUCGAGAUUAAUUUCUGAGCGUAAAUAUGAGGAAGCAUUCACACUGGCGCUUCAAAGAAGCGAUGUGUCGAUAGUGUCUUGGCUAUGUGCACAGGUGGAUUUGCAUGCUAUUUGUUCCACAGUGCCACUUCCCCUAAGUCAAGGUGUUCUUCUGGCACUUCUGCAGCAAAUGGCCUGUGAUAUCGGCAAUGAGACAUCCAGAAAAGUUGGCUGGAUGACUGAUGUUGCUGUAGUAAUCAACCCGGCUGACCAAAUGAUUGCGUUACACGUCCGACCUAUCUUUGAGCAAGUGUACAGUUUGUCGGGUCGCCAAAGAGCCCUUCCAACGACUACUGCCCCUGAGUCAGCCAUCAUCCGCCUAUUGAUGCAUGUUAUAAAUUCUGUACUCACAUCCUGCAAGUGAUUUAUUUGGAGGGUUUAUGCUCAUGUACAGAAGGAAUUGAAGAUAGAAAAGAAGUUAUGUAGAUUAUAGAGGAUGCAGGUUGGUUCCUGGUCUCCCUUUUCUUUCUUCGACUUCUUUCUAGGUUUUGAAUGAACAAUUGUAAGCUAGAGAGACACAAUUCGGUCAUGCAUUAUGGAUUUUUAAUUUAAAGAUUUUGGUAUAUUAGUAAGCAAAAUGACAUUAAUUAACUCUUCAGCAAA